GCCCUAAACACAGUGCAUCUGCCUGCAGCCUGCCUGCACGCCUGCCCGCAGCCUGCCCGCAACCAGCCCCAGGCUCAGGGUUUGGCCUCGCUUCCCAGCCAUGCUGCUGCUCCCACUCCUCCUAAAAUCCACCCUGCUGCGCCUGGCCAGUGGCUCCUACCACCCCUUCUACAAUGGCUUCUACUACAACCACAUCAUGAAUGACAACGACGAUGGGCAGGACAAAGUGGACUUCAAUGGAGCCAAACUGGUGGUGGAAACCUCUCAAGACCCUGUCUACAGCUACAAUGGUGCCAAUGUCACCCUGCCCUGCCACUACCGCUACGAGCCCGACCUGGGACCUAAGCGCAAAAUCCGCAUCAAAUGGUCCAAGCUGCGGGAUGACUACACCAAAGAGCAGGAUGUGAUGGUGGCCAUUGGCAAGACCUCUGUGGCCUUUGGGGACUUCAAGGGCCGUGCUCACCUCCGUCAGGCCAGCCGGCACGAGGCCUCGCUGGUCAUCAGCGAUGUGCGCUUGAAGGACGAUGGCAAAUACCGCUGCGAGGUCAUCGAUGGGCUGGAGGACGAGAGUGAUGUUGUGGACCUCCGGCUGCAAGGCAUCGUGUUCCCGUACCAGCCUCCCCGCGGGCAGUACAGGCUCAACUUCCACGAAGCCGAGCGAGUGUGCCAGGACCAAGGUGCCAUCCUCGCCAACUUUAACCAGCUCUUCCAGGCGUGGAGCGAGGGGCUGGACUGGUGCAACGCGGGCUGGCUGGCCGAUGGCACGGUGCAGUACCCCAUCCGCCUGCCCCGCAAGCCCUGCGGGGGAGUGCACCUCGCCCCGGGCAUCCGCAGCUACGGCCCGCGCCACCGGCACCUCCACCGCUUCGAUGCCUUCUGCUUCUCCUCCGCACUCAAAGGAGAGGUUUUCUACCUGGACCGCCUGGCUGGGAUGACGCUGGAGGAGGCCAAGCAGAGCUGCCAGGAUGCAGGGGCCGAGAUCGCCCGGGUGGGGCAGCUCUACUCCGCCUGGAAGUUCCUGGGGCUGGACCGCUGCAAUGCCGGCUGGCUGGCAGAUGGCAGUGUCCGCUACCCCAUUGUCACGCCCCGGGCCAAUUGUGGCCCCGCGGAGCCCGGUGUCCGCAGCUUCGGCUUCCCCAGCAAGGGCAGGUUUGGAGUCUUCUGCUACAGAGAGAGAUAAGGAGCCGGGAGGGAUCCUUCUUGAACGAAGGAUGUUUCCAGCCUGCCAGUGCCCAGUGUUGGGCAUUUCCAAGGGCUGUUUUGGGGGUGACUGGGGGGAGGUGGGAUGGGAGGGAAGUUUCUUUUUGUUUUGUUUUGUUUCCUUCCUUUAUAUUUUCCACACCUUGCUCAGCAGUUGGCACCUGCAGCUGCUCGGGGUGGCUGCCAGCUGGGCAGCAUGGGACAGUCCCUGUUGUGGAGUGUGUGCAAGGAUGAUCCCCACGGGCUACUGCUGCCACCCCACUUGGCCGUGCCACCCCAUGGGUGGUGGCCCCUUCCUGCGGUGGCACGUUGUCACCGGCACACACCUGCCCUUCCAGGCUGGUCCUGCCUCCGAGUUCACAAGGCAAGGCCGUGAGGGAGUGAGGCAAAGCUGGAUUUGGCCAGAGCAGAGAGCGGGCAUCUCCAUUGCAUCCUGGCCCCUCUUCCAGCCCCAUCCAUGUCCUGCUGAAAGAUGCCAUUGUGCCUGUCCCUGCCGGAGCACAAGUGCCUUAUCUCUAUGUGCCCCUUGCCUGGACCCCAUUUGAACUCUGGUGCCUUCUUCUUUGAAUAUUGGCUAUGAAAAGAUGUGUUUUUCUGGACAUCUUCU